AUGGAGGACAGGAAGCGGCCUGCCAUCAGCAGCGCCGACGACCUGGCCCCUCCGAGCAAGAGGGUCGCCGUCAAUGGUUCCAAGGCCAAGGAUGACUCCCUCGAGAUGAAAGAGGAGAGUUGGAUCGAGGUCCUCGAGGAAAUUGAACUCCUUGCAAAUUCAGAUACAACCUCAUCGACCCCUUCCGGUAUGAACCCCCACAACCCCCUUCAUAUCUCUGCUGACUCGGCGGCAGAACCCCCGUAUCUCAGUGGUGUGAGCUUCAAGGACCUACACGAUUUCCAGAAACAUCUCCAGGAUAAGGGCAAGUCGAUCAAGUCGAAAGCGGAAUCGCUCCUCACACAUUUGGCUGCUUCACGAGGCAGCAUUGACCCAAGCGUUUCCAAACUGGAGAGCAAGGUUUCUGGACUUUUGGCCGCGCAAAAGGAAUAUUUGUUCAAACUAGACCGGCUGAGCAGCGAAAAGGACCAACUAUCGGAGCAACUCAACGCCGCGACCUUGCGUUACUUCAAGGCGGAGAAGAAGCUAGAUCGGGCAAAGAGUUCUCAAGUCCAGAAGUUGGAGCAACAAGCAUUUGCCAAUGCUACCCGACCUUCAGCAUCUGGCGAUGCGGGUGCCGAGAGUGGCGAGAUCAAUGGAAAUUCUGGCGAGAUCCUGCUGAAAUACGAGGAAGCGACCGCGGCGGCUACGAAGCAAAAGGAACAGCUGGAUGCCAUUCUGGCAGAGAUCAAGACCUUGCAGGACGAAAACUCGACUCUAAAGGCGAAAAGGGACAACCUGACCGAUGAGGACUUUAUCCGGACCGAUGUCUUCAAACAAUUCAAGAACCAGAACGAGGAUCUCAUCAAGCGUAUCAACACGCUCGAGGCCACGAACAAGCAGCUUCGUGAGGAGGCCGAGAAGCUGCAGGCGGAGAGAUCGGCAUUCCGAAGUCAGCUCGAGGCAGAUGCGAACCAAGUGACACAGGAACUGGAGGCUGAGAUCAUGUCCCGAGAUCAAGAUCUUGCCCGAGUGCGAUCAGCCCGUGACGAACUUUUGGCCGAAAACACUCAGAGCAAGGCGAGAUUGGAGCAGGAGCGAGGAUCGAUGGAGCAGAUCAAGGAUCUCGCAUCUGCUAAAGACGACAGAAUCACGGCUCUCGAACUUGAGCUCUCGCGCCUCACGUCGAGCGGGGAGCAAGGAAAACUCAACCCGGACGACGAAAAUUUGACGGUUGACGAGCUUCGCCUGAAAUAUCGGAAGCUGCAGCAAGAUUUCGAUUCAAUCAACCUGGAGUUGCCGGCCAUAGAAAAGGCAUACAAGAAGAUGAAGGAGCUUGCUCAUAGAAAGGCAAUGGACUCGAGCGCUAUGGAAGAGCGCAUGACCAUCUUGAUCGCCGAGAAGAGUAAGGCGGACCAGAAGUACUUUGCCGCUCGCAAGGACGCGGAUACCCGGAACAACGAGAUUCGAUCCCUACGACACCAGAACAGCAAGAGCUCAGAGAUUAUUGCGCAGCUCAAGGAACUCGAGAUGCAGAACCGGACCCUGCUCAGCAAUCUGGAGAAGCAACUGGCGGACCUGAAGCAGGCCAACGCCAGCCUCGUCAACGAGAACAAGAAGGCGGAGGCGACCAGUUUGGAGGCAGUCCGACGAACAGACUCGCUCAGCAAGCAAGUCAACGACCUAACGAACCUGGUCAAGUCGAAGGAUGCGGCAUCUGCAGUGGUUCGAGAGCGCAACACGAUGCAGGAGACAGAAGUGGAAAAGCUCAAGGUGCGCAUCGAGCAUGUGCAGAAGGAUCGCGACUCGUGGAAGAACAAGGCAUUGAGCAAUUCCUCCGAAGAGGAGGAGAUGCUUCGAACCUAUGCCUUGUGCACCAUUUGUCGCAACAACUUCAAGAACACGGCACUCAAGACGUGUGGCCACCUCUUCUGCAACCAGUGUGUCGACGACCGCAUCAGCAACCGCAUGCGCAAAUGUCCCACCUGCUCUCGAGCAUUUGACAAGAUGGAUGUUAUGUCCGUACAUCAUUAA